CUCCCCAGGCCGUUGCGACGGUAACGUAAGGCGGAGUUGUGAAAGACGAAGCUGCGGCCGGGCUGGGGGCGCGGAGGGGGUCUGACCCCCGCUGUUCGGUUCCCCUCCAGCCGUGAGCCGCCCUGAAAAUGGAAGGGGGUCUCACCAGCACGUAUAAAUGGGUCCUCACGAAUGGCGACCGUCGUAAUCCCGCCCGUUCGGUAACUCUGCCGUAAAGCUGUGGAGUCUCCUGACCGCUUUGCUUGCGUUGCCUUACCACGGCCUUGCAAGGUGCCUUGCCCAACCAUGGCUAGCCAGCAUGACGAGGCUGGGAAGGAUGGGGCCUUUGCGUCGGAGGAUUUGGCCGCUGAAGCCAUGGCGGCAGACAUGGAUUCCUGGGUGGUCUUCGAUGCCCGCAAGACUCCCAGGGCCGAGUUUGAGGAGUGGCUGCAAACCUACCAGCCGUCCCACGUCUCUCGCUUUGGCAACCCAGAGUGCAACCUGGAGCCAGUGGGCUGGAUUGCCGUCUACGGCCCCGGUUUCUGUCCAGAGGGCGGCGACGUCAUCGGGCUUCAGGAGGACUGGGAACGGCUGCAGCUCAGUGGGCGCCACGUGACUUUUGAGUCCGUCAAGGAGCUGGCCCUCAACCGGCGGGUCCUGACGGGCAAGUGGCUGAUGCACCUGGACAGCGGCUUCAAGGUAGACCAUGCGUGGUGCGGCAUUGCCCGGGCGGUCCUCGAAGGGCGCAUCGGGGUGGCCAAGGUGAGCCCCUGCUGCCCUGACUCGGCACGCAAACACGUGAUCUGCGUGUACACGGAUGACUUCACCGACGAGGAGCAGGUGCUGGCAGCCGACUCUGUGAUCCGGGCCACGGGGGUCAAGUGCCUCCUGUCUUACAAGCCGGAUGCUUAUACCUACCUGGGCAUCUACCGCGACAAUCGCUGGCAUCUCUGUCCCACCAUCUACGAAAGCAAGUUUGAUUUGGAGUGUGUUCCCCGCCGCUCCCGUGUCAUCAACAAGGUGAGCAACGCCGAAGUGACUUAAACUCCUGCUUCUGAACGCGUGACAUUCCUGGAGGGAACAGCCCCAGUGCUGGGAACUACAUAUCCCACCGUGCCGUGCUCGCUCGACCCCCUUUUCUCCCAGAGGACACACAAGAAGGUAGAAUGGCCCAACGCAGGCAGGCUGGAUCUGAGCUCGUGUCGAGGGCGUUUCUGCCCUCAGCCGUUGUGGGGCUCUUAAUUCUUGUUGAGAAGCUUCCAAGUCCAUCCUUGUGGCGCGACGUGAGUGGCAUCUGCAUUUGCCAAUCAACUGCUAAACUGUGCGCUGCACUUCCUUGGAGGAACCGAUAGGCUUUGAAACUGUUUGGCUUUUGAUCACAGAAGGUGCCCAAUGGAAGAUCCCUGCCGAUCUUUUUUCUGCAGAAUGCUUCACCAACAGCAGGAGGAGCGACUUGCUGCAGCGUCCGAUUUCUGCCAUCUAGGAAGGCGGGGGGUUAUCAGAAACCGAAUACAGUGGCCGAGAGGGAAGAACGGUGCUUAGACUUUUCGUAGGUGAAACGGAAACCCUCGGCCACAGACGGAGUCUAGUUUUCCUUACCAGCCUUUGCUCAAAAUAAUUGGACUUUAUUUUUGUGGCUCUUGGCUGCGUUCACCUGUAACUAGGCUGAAAAUAAAAG